CUGCACUACGGGACCCUCCUGGGCAGCAGAGCUUGUGUCCACAUGGCAGCAGCUGCCUGGGGCAGUGGGUUUCUCAAUGCUGUGCUGCACACGGCCAAUACAUUUUCUAUACCACUCUGCCAGGGCAAUGGUGUGGACCAGUUCUUCUGUGAAGUUCCCCAGAUCCUCAAGCUCUCCUGCUCAGACUCAGACUAUCUCAAGGAGGCUAGGCUUAUUGUGGUUAGUGCCUGUUUAUACUUUGGGUGUUUUGUUUUCAUUGUGCUGUCCUAUGUGCAGAUCUUCAGGGCCGUGCUGAGGAUCCCCUCUGAGCAGGGACGGCACAAAGCCUUUUCCAUGUGCCUCCCUCACCUGGCCGUGGUCUCCCUGUUUGUCAGCACUGGCCUAUUUGCUCACCUGAAGCCCCCCUCCAUCUCCUCCCCAUCCCUGGACCUGGUGGUGGCAGUUCUGUACUCGGUGGUGCCUCCAUCAGUGAACCUCCUCAUCUACAGCAUGAGGAACCAGGAGCUCAAGGGUGCAGUUCGGAAACUGAUGACUAGAUGUUUUUCAGAAGCAAUAUACUGCCCAUGUCCUCCUACCUAUCACUUCUAA